AUGAAGCUUCUCUCUUCCCUUGCUCUGCUGGUCUCCGCCGUGGCAGCCAACCCGAUGGCGCGGGCGAGCAACGCCAGCGACACUUUCCACCUGAAGACAGCCGGGGCAUCCGAUGCGAAGCACAACGAUCUCUACGUGUAUGCCUAUCACACCGGCGCCGGAUUCAACGACGCUGUCCUGACCUCGGACACCGACACGGCCAACCCGGUCUUCCUGAACAACACGCACGCCCAAUUUGCCCUAGACACUCCUUUCCCGUGGGGACUCAACAUGCCCCCGCACAACAACUAUGCCGCGUGGGAACCGGUCGAGAUCAACACCGGAUACGGGACCGACGGGUUCUUUAUCGAUGACACCGGAUUGCAGUGGUCGAGCAACCUCUUCGGGGGUUGGUUGGUGUGCGACUGGUACCACAACGAACCCCAGCUUUUCUACCUGUACCGCCCAUACGAAGCCAAGCUGCCCUCGUCCUGCAGCAAAGUUAACCUGGAAGUCGAGCACCUAUCCUGA